AUGCCGAAGUCUUCCUCAGCCUAUCGACAUGAUCUUCCCGAGGAUCUGCUUGAACUCAUCGAUCACACAACAAAAGGUGUACAACGUCUGUACGAAUCUACCAAGCGCGCGAGCCGUGCUGUUUCGCGCAACCAAAGGCAGGCGCCAACAACACUGCCCUCAUAUUCAAGUUGCAGCGAAUGCACAAGCGAAACAGAGCACGCAGCAACCCAGUUGAGGAACGGCAGAGGAACAUCAGUGCCGCGUCAGAAAUCUUCUUCCUCGAGGGCUAAGGAGAGAAAGGCAUCUGCACCUGCGGUUAAGUCAAUACGUGAUGAGGGAACGGAAUUGACGUAUGAUGACGGCCUGCCGCUGCAUCCUCAUCCUCUUUCUUGUGUGGGACAUGAGAAAAAUGGCAAGGGCAGGCGACGCAGCACCGAUAGCGGGGACAGGGUGACAGCGCGACAGCAACAGUGGGGUUAUUCGCAGCCACUUCCGACAAGUGGAGCUGAUAUGGGUGGUCCCUCCCACAUGAGAAUGGGUAGCACAACUUUUUCAUCAGACAAUCCCACACACCACCCCGUGUUCAAUCGUUCCGCUUCCAGACAGCAAAUGUCCACUUCAAGUGCCUUUAGCAGCUCUGCUGCUUUUGAGCAGGACCACAGCUCUUCUUUGGCUAGGAAAAGUUGGAAAGACACAUUCAGGUCCCUUUUGACGGGUGACGCAGCACCUCCAUCAUUUUCGAAUGAAGCGGCGAUUGAAACUAUAUCUUCUCGUAGUCCGACGCCCUUUACGCAGGGGGCGAACGCAGUGCCCGAUAAGGCGCCAAGUCACUGCGGAUCUCGCGUUGCCUUGGAGGAUGCAGAUAGACACUCGCGAAAGCCUCGUUCACCAUUGCAAGAGCCAGAAGAGGAAGACAUAGAGCAUUUGCGGCAUCGUCUGAGGGAACAAGAGGUGUCGCACAAGGAAGAGCUAGCGCAACUCCGCACUAAACAUUGUAUGGAGGUUACACGGCUCCGUCGUGCGGCACUGGAGGCACGUCAAAAGAUUUUAGAUGAGGUCACUGCGCAGUUGCAGUCAUCUGCUGAUGUGAAGGUGAAGUUGCUUCGUGCAGAAAUUGAAAGCGAGCGCCAACGAGCAGACGGCGUGCAGAAAAUGUUGGAGGAGGAUAAAGCUGUCAUUGAACGACUGCGAGGGGAACUUGAUGUAGCCAACAACAAUGUGAAAACACUUCGAAAGGAUCUAAGCACCAAAACGAAGACUAUAGCAAAGUUAAAUGACAAUCUGGAAGGAACACAGCGAGAGCUCGCCGAGUGCAGGGAGGAAGUUGGUAAACAUUCAAGGAACCUUGCAGAGAGUACGCGACGCGAGAAAGUUGCCAUUUCACGCGAAAAAGAACAAAGAAAUGCGGUGAGGCAGCUGGAAGAGCAACUGAAUGAGCGGGAGCGUCGGUCGCGUGAGGAGCUUGCGCGGCUGCAGGAGGAGCUUCGCACAAUGUCAGACGGCUACGAGAAGUUGAUUAAAGAAGCGUCAGAAAAGCUUUCGGUCCUGGAAAAGGUGGAGCGGAAGUAUCAUGCCUUGAAGGAGCAGCACCGCGAUGAGAAGAAGCAGAGUGAAGUUGUAACUUCGGAAACUGCUGUGCUGAAAGGAGAGAAGGAAGAGCUGGAGAGGAAAGUGGAGGAGCUGCAGGAUGAAUUGGAGGCGUUUCGCCUUCAAGUGGCGAGGAAGGAGCACGAACUGCGGGAAGAGCGCGUCGGACACAGUCAAAUGGUCGAUGAAAUUGUUCAGAAGAUGGAACAACAGCAGGAGAAAUCCGCUCGAGAGCAAGAGGACCUGCAAAAAGCUCUUCGCAACUCUGAAGAGCGCCUCGCACGGUCCCAGCGAGCGACUGAAGGGUUGGAGCGGCAACUACAGGAGGAGCAGGCACACAGCAAGGAAUUAUUGCUGAAACUCGAGGAGGGAACGCUGCGGCACAAGGAGGAACUCGCCGCCACUCGCCGGUCGGCGGCCACGUAUCAUCAGCAAUCGGAGGGGGUUAUAUCAAGCCUGAAACGACAGCUUCGUGAGAAAGAUACCAAACUAGAGGCUCUCGCUAACGCCGCAUCGGAACCACUUCACCGACUACGCAGUCAACUGGAGGAUGAGCGCAGCAAACGCGCCCGCCUCGAGGAACAGUUUAACCAAUAUAAGCAGAAAGCAAAACUUGCACAGGAAGCGGCACUAAGGGAGAUACGACGUGAGCAACAGCGAGUGUCGUCAGUAGGGCGGACGCAGCCAAAGAGUGGGCUGAUGCCGCGCCCCCGUCUCUCGGGACACGAGGAGGGGGAUCUAAUGUUUCCUACUCCUCCCUCCGCUUCGUCUGCCUCUCCUGCCGGAACGAUUGCUGUUGCCGAUGUUUCGCCGAUGCCCACCCCCACGUAUCCUCCUCCACUGCGUGACACCGAUGUGGCUGGGGGCUCAAGUCGAACACCUGUUAAAGUCGCGAACUCCGUUUCACACGCACCGCAGAUGCACGAUCGCCAUAAUGAAGGCAAUACGGUUACACCACCGCAGUACGUUGGUCACCGUUCCGGUUGGGAUUCCGUUGGUUCGAUCUCAAAUAUAUCUUGCAGUUCACCUCUCUGUAGUAGUCGUUUUGGUGAUUUGAGGAGCGUGGAUGAGUCAGUGGUAAGUGCGGGUGAUGGGCGGCCCGCUGCACAUGCCCUGGCGAACGGCAACGGCAUGUCACCCGCAGGCCAAACCAUCGACGAACGUAUGGUUCAACACGAACUAGUACUGCAGGAAUUUCACAAAUCAGCUGCUGAAGUUUUCAGGAAAAUAACGGGUAACCGUGACGAGUUCCUUGCGAGGUGCACUUCUGCAGUGCGUUCGGCAUCACAUCGUACUGCUGACAAGGAGCAUAUUUCUGUUCAUGGUAAUGGGGUGUUGGACUAA